GUUUCUCAUCAAGUUCAACGGGGCCACCGGCCUCGCCUCUAAGAAGGUUUCGAAGGUGCUCAGCAAUCUCCGCCGCAACGAUCAGUGGAGGGUGUUCAACGUCGUUGCCUCGGGUGCCGCCGCCGACGGGCGCCUCCACUUGGGGCCCGACAAAUCUCCUCGCCAGGUUAAGACGGAAAUGGCUCUACGUCGGAUCCGUGGUGCAUGCGCUGACAAGUUCGGGGGACGGUGGUCGGUUGACCGCGAGCGUGGCAUACUCAAGAACGGAUGGACCAACGUGCUCAAGAUCCAGGCGAACCCCGAUGACGCUCCUUUCACCGUGCAGUUCAACCAAGAGGGCAUCCUGGACCUCAAUCUCACAC